GGGGUGGGGUGGAAGCUCAAGAAAAACUUUUCUGUUGUUGAGCUUUCCAGGCAGAGUUCGGAAUCAGUGACUUAUAGUUCUCAGCCCUGGGAGCCAUUUAUUGGCUAUUUGGAGGGGUUGUAAGAAGAGCCAUUGAGAAAGCAGGCCCCUCCAUUACACAGAUACACUGUGGACCCCCCAAACCUAUCUUACCCCCCCACUUCAAAGACUCAGCUGCCCCUCUCGGGCUCUCUGCUCCCCCUGGGCACAUGCUGAUGCCCCUGUGUGGGCUGCUCUGGUGGUGGUGCUGCCGUGGCUGGUGCUGCUGUGGACUGUGCACCCCGGCUCCCCAGAUGUUGCGCCACCAGGGUCUCCUCAAGUGCCGCUGCCGCAUGCUCUUCAAUGACCUGAAGGUUUUCUUACUGCGGCGCCCUCCUCCAGCGCCACUGCCCAUGCACGGCGACCCCCAGCCCCCCGGUUUGGCGGCCAACAACAACACCCUUCCGGCUCUGGGCGCCGGGGGGUGGGCAGGCUGGAGAGGCCCUCGAGAGGUGGUGGGCAGGGAGACCCCUCCUGUGCCACCUCCACCACCUUUGCCGCCCUCCUCUGUGGAGGGUGACUGGGGUGGCCCAGCCAUAGAGCCACCUGCCUUGCUGCUCAGCAGUGCCUCCUCAGAUGACUUCUGUAAGGAGAAGGCUGAGGACUGCUACUCCCUGGGCAGCAGCCUGGACAGUGGUCUGAGGACCCCACUCUGCCGCAUCUGCUUCCAGGGGCCAGAACAGGGGGAGCUGUUGAGCCCUUGCCGCUGCGACGGUUCAGUCAAGUGCACGCACCAACCCUGCCUCAUCAAGUGGAUCAGCGAGCGGGGCUGCUGGAGCUGCGAGCUGUGCUACUACAAGUACCACGUGGUCGCCAUGAGCACAAAGAAUCCCCUGCAGUGGCAGGCCAUCUCCCUGACGGUCAUCGAGAAGGUGCAAAUUGCCGCCGCCAUCUUGGGUUCUCUCUUCCUCAUCGCUAGUAUCUCUUGGCUCAUCUGGUCGACCUUCAGUCCUUCAGCAAAAUGGCAGCGUCAAGAUCUUCUCUUCCAGAUCUGCUAUGGGAUGUAUGGCUUCAUGGACGUGGUAUGCAUAGGUCUCAUCAUCCACGAGGGACCCUCCGUGUAUCGCAUCUUUAAACGGUGGCAGGCCGUCAACCAGCAGUGGAAAGUGCUAAACUACGACAAGACGAAAGACCUGGAAGACCAGAAGUCAGGGGGCAGGACCAACCCCCGGACCUCCUCGGCCACGCAGGCCAAUAUUCCCCCCUCAGAGGAGGAGGCAACGGUGGGCAGCCCUGCCCCGGAGCAGGGCCCCACCCGGGCACCCAGCCACCCCUCAGACCCUCCAUCCCAUCACCACUGUGCUUACACCAUCCUGCACAUCCUGAGUCACUUGAGACCUCAUGAACAGCGGAGCCCCCCGGGCAGCAGCCGAGAACUCGUCAUGAGAGUCACCACUGUGUGA